UUAGCUAAAAUCAAAAUCCAAUCUAAAACCAUAGCUUCAAUCACACGACCUAAAGUAUCCACAAAAAAAACAACUAUUUGUUUCCUAGUAAAGUGUUGGAAAACAUGUCCACCACCACUGAGAUACCAAUUCUCUCUAGAAUUGACCGUUUAGAUUAUAUGUUGAGGCAGUUAGAGGAAAUUAGAGGAUCCAACCGAUCUCCAAAGAGCUCAUGUGCAUCCACACCAACAAGUGGAAGUGAUGGACGAAUUUCAUCCGUUGAUUUCUCACCGAAAAGCAUGGAGAAGCACUGCCGUCCGAUCGACACGGUGAUAAUGGAGACCGAAGUCAAAGGAACGUUGAUAGAGAGGCUCAAUCAAGUGGAGGAUCGGAUGCUUAAGCUAGAAGAAGAUUGGAUUGCGGAGAGGAGAAAAGAAGAAGAGAAGAAAAUGAUUAGAGGGAGAAAAAAGGGUUUGAAGCAACUUGUGAAGCAGUGUGUGAUUAAAUCAAGAAGAGAACGUGAUGAUAAUGAGUGAUUAAGAAGGUUGAAUUUAGGAAUUGCGUGACAAUUAUAUUUUGUAUAGUUUAAGGUUCUUUUUGAGAUAUUUAUAUUAACAAAAUGUCAUAAUGGUUGGUUUUGGUUU